UCCGAGUUGCAAUCAUGGGACGAGUCCGAACCAAAACCGUGAAGAAAUCCUCUCGUCAAGUCAUCGAGCGUCACUGCCCUAGAAUGACACUGGAUUUCCACACCAACAAGAAGAUCCUUGAAGAAGUUGCUUUGAUUCCAUCAAAGCGUCUUCGUAACAAGAUUGCUGGAUUCUCCACUCUUCUCGUGAAGCGUAUCCAAAAGGGACCUGUUUGUGGAAUCUCCUUGAAGCUGCAAGAGGAGGAGCGUGAGCGUCGUAUGGAUUUCGUUCCUGAUGUUUCUGCUAUUAGGACUGAUCAUAUUGAGGUUGAUAAGGAAACUCUUGACAUGCUUGCUGCUCUUGGCAUGUCGAAGAUUCCCGGUGUUGUUCAGGUUGAUCAUGUUCCUGUUCAGCAGAUCUCGUUUGUUCGUGGUGCUGGUGCUGGACGGAGGUUUUAA